AUGAGCAAACGGUUGUAUGAAGAGAGUCUUUAUCGGGAUCAUCGCUCAAAGAAAAAAGGCGGAGGAAAAUAUGGAGGCUCAACAAUGAUGGAUUCUCGAAGAGUACGUGGAGGGGAUGAUGAUGAACAUUUUGAACCGAAAGAAAAGAAAUUAAAACAUGAAAUUGAUCCGAUUGGCUGUAGAGCAGCAUUGGAAAAAGUCAAAUCCGAUUUGCAAGAAAACUUGAAAAGUUUGGAAGAAAGUAAUGCAAGAGAAAUUGCCAAGUUGAGUGUGGAUACAUUACUUCUGCAAAAGGAGAGAGUUGAGGAUUUAAUUCACUACUUUAAAUUGGAUGAUGAUUUUAUUGAUGAAUAUCGGAAACGAACAGUGAGUAUGGAAAGUCUGAUUACCGAUGAAAGUAGUGAUAGUGUAAUUUUUGAUAAUGUGGAGCAAGAGUUAUUACUGAUAGCCGAGGUUCUUAAAAACAUUGAAGAAGCCUAUGAAUAUGAGACUCUUGGAAUUGUCCAUGACGAACAACAAGAUACUUCUGAAGAUGAAAACGAGCAGCUGAAAAAUGUUGACCAUUCUAGCGAAGAAGAAUGUAUUAUGGAUUUACAUCAUAUGAAAGAGAAAGAAAUCAGACGACGAGAUGCGGAAUCAGAGCCAGAGGAAGAAUCCGCAGAAAUUUUAACUCUUCUCCAUGAGCAAGAGACAAGCAAAGAACAAUCACCUCCUCCACCUCCAAAAGAGACGACAAACAAAGAACUACCUCCUACUCCUCCGUCAGUUCCACAAGUAACUCCCCUACCACCUCCAAAAGCGACAAUGGGAAAUUCGUUCAUCAAUAGACAACCUCCUCAAUCUUAUCAUCAUCACCAUGCUACAUCAAUACCUCCAACAUCCACUGUACAUUUAACGCCACCACCACUUCAUUGCUUUAUCUGCUCGAAAGAAAUACUUAAUAACGAAGCCAUGUUCAAGUGCGAAAACUGCAGCAAUAGAUCCCACAAGAAUUGUGCUCAAGAAAAGACGUCGAUAUUGACAGGUGUCAACAGCGACGAUAUGAUUUGUGGAGAGUGUAGCGAGAUUAAAUUGCGAUAUGAUGAACAAAAGCCGCAUUUAUUCGAUGUUGUUUGUGAGAAAAAACACGAAGCAACACGAACGACUAUGCCAAAGCAUGAAAUUCUUGACAACUUAAUGACAAAAUUUAAUUUGGAGAAUUAUUUGGUGGCUUGUCCAAAAUGUAAGAAAAAAGUAUCCUUGCAAAAUCUAAAGCAACACACAGGCAGAGAUUUUGAAGAAGACAUUGUACAUGAUCUACCAUUAUUGAAACUAUCUGAUAUUCAAUUUGAUACAGAUGUUUCAGAAGUAAUGGUAGUCUUCAAUGUUUCUGAAAAUACUCUGCGCAAGUGUUGCGAUAGAUUGAAAAAGCAUGUGAAUUUGCUAGAUAUUAGAUACAAAUUUGUAUCAGUGAAUUCUACACAACAGAAAGCCUAUUUUUUGCAUUUCAAUUCACCAGAAGAUGCAUUCAAACUCGCUUGCUACUUUGAAGAAAACAUGUUAAAGGAUGUAGUUAAGAAAAUGGUGGUUCACGCUGUCUGCUACUUUUGGAAAAAGAGUUGUACUAUGUUACAAAUUGAGAAUCUUCCUGUAACUACCAACAGCAAGAGUUCUUUUCUUACCAACGCACCUGUUGGAUUGAAAAGGUGUCACCUCAAACAAGAGAAAAGCUCUAAAACUGCUAUUGUUACUUUGAAUAGCUACGAUGAUUCUCGUCGAUUAUUUUUCGAGAUGAAUGGUCGAGUUAUUGAGGGAAAUUUAAUUAAGGUUAUCGAAUUUAGGGAUCAAAACGAAAACAUCUCUGACUCUCGAUUUGUAAGAAUAUCGAAUAUUCCAGAAUUAUCAACUUCAGAGCAAUUACUGGAAAAAUUGAAACGAGAGAAUCGCUAUACAAAGGAGUCUUUGGAUAAUUUGAUACAAAAUAUUUCUACUCAAAAACACUGUCCCAUCUUUGGAUUUUACUAUAUAGUGGAGCUUCGUUCAGAGGUGUUUGCAAAAGCAUUUGUCAGUAAUUUUGAUAAUAUAUUAUUUCAGGGAAAUCGAUUGAGAGUACGCCUAAUCAAUAUUGAGAGUACGGUUAACAAAGCAGUAACCAUGCAUGGUCUCUUGCAUGGUUAUUAG